AUGGACGAUCCAGCGCCCGCCCUGCGCGCCCCCGCGCCUCCCCACCCCGCCGCCGCGGAGCCCGCGGCGAGGGCUCCCGCUCCCGCUCCCGCGACGCCCGCCCACCCGCCGCCUGCCGCUGCGAGGCAGAUUUUCUCCGUCGAGCUCCGGCCCGGGGAGACCACCAUUGUGUCCUGGAAGAAGCUGCUCAAGGAGGCCGCCCCGGGAGCCGCCCUGCCGCCCUCUCUGCCCGCCGCUCCGGUCCAGCCGGUCGUCGUCGGGCCCCUCGCGGGACCUUCUGGCGCGGCACAUCCAGCAGAAAACGACCCAAAUGAUCCAUCCCAGUCGAAUCGGUUCAAUUCAGUUAUUGAGAAAAUUGAGCGUCUCUACAUGGGCAAACAUAGUAGUGACGAAGAAGAUAUGGAUGAUGUGCCUGACGAUGAUCAAUAUGACACUGAAGAUUCUUUCAUUGAUGACGCUGAAUUGGAUGAGUACUUUGAAGUUGACAAUUUGGCAACCAAGCACACUGGAUUUUUUGUGAACAAAGGGAAAUUGGAACAAAGUGAGAAUGGCUCAGUACAAAAUGUUGUACCAGAUGGCUCAAUACAAAAUGUUGCACCAAAGAAACGAAGAAGAAGAGACCCAUCGAGUUCUUACAUUGAAAAUAGCCGGGAGAUCAGACCAGACAGCAUGGCUGUAAAACCCCCUAAAAGGAACACACUUGAAAUAGGAAAGAAUGAGUUAAGUUCUUACAGUGAGUAUCACUCUGAAGGCAGUAAACCUGUGAAGAAUAGAAGUAAUUCCACGGGAAGAAUGCAGAAAAUUAAUUCCAGUGACAAUGCAAUUGGUGCUGAGUAUGCAUCACAUCUAAAGAUACCAAGUAAGGAUGUCUCAUUACCCUCUUCAGAAAUAAAGGACUUAGACAAGCAUAAAACUGCAGCACUUCAGGCUGUUGAUUUUUCUCGUAAGUCUAGAACCAAUGAUACAUACCCUUAUUCAGCAUGCUUGGAUAAGGACGCUCCGGUGCAACUUGAUCUCCCACCGAAAAAAUCUUCUAAUGGGGCGAAGCAAGAUUUGUCAAAUAAAAUGCGCCGCAAAGAAGACUAUGGCGCCACUCAGUUUUCUGGCUUGGCUACUGCCAACAAUGUGCAUUCGACACAAACAAUGCAGUUGUCAGCGAAUAGGCGUGCAGAAGGUUCUGGUAUCAAGGCCAAGGGUACCAGACUUGAGCGAGCUAUUCGUGACCUUCAAAAUAUUGUCAGUGAAAUUGAAUAUAGACCGCAGACUCUUGACGUUCCGGAGAUUGAUCCAACUUCUCAAGCAGCGGUCAAAAGAAGAUUGCCUCAAGAAGUAAAACAGAAACUUGCUAGGGUCGCAAGGUUAUCGGUGAAUCAGGGUAAAAUACCAGAAGAUGAAUUGAUCAACCGCCUCAUGGGCAUAGUGGGGCACCUGGUGCAGCGUAGGACACUGAAGAGAAACAUGAAAGAAAUGGUUGAAUCUGGUAAUUGUGCUAAACAAGAGAAGGAUGACAAGUUCCAGCAAGUGAAAACUGAGAUCUAUGAAAUGGUCAAAGCACGUCUAGCCACCAAGCCCAAGGUUACUGAACAGAAGGAUGAUUCAGCUGAUGAUAUUCAAGGGGUUGUCAAUAUUGAUGAAAGGAGAGCCUUAAAAGGAAAAUUUGUUCUGGAUGCUCCAUUGGAGGAUAGGAUUUGUGAUCUCUAUGAUCUUUAUGUUGAGGGUAUGGAUGAAGACAAGGGGCCUCAGAGUCGCAAGUUAUAUGUAGAGCUUGCUGACUUAUGGCCACAAGGUUACAUGGACAAAGUUGAAAUCCGAGAUGCCAUUUCAAGAUCAAAGCAGAGAAGAAAUUUGUUGUACCGGCAGCGCAAGGUCCGCAAUGAGGAGAGAAUGAAGAGGAGAAGGCUAGCCGCUGCCGCCAAGUUGAGAGAUGGCAAGCUGGUGGAGACACAAUAUACGAUGGCACAGCAAGUUAUACACCCGCCCAUCAAAGACGCUAAUCUACCCAUGCCAAGCACACACACUGUAUAUCCUGUCGUCAACUAUGGACAUAAUCAGGUCUCCAGAAUUGCUGACAAAGUUGGUGAAAUGAGCGUCGCUGGAGCAUCAGACGGCAACCGAAGUUCUUCUGCCGACAUCAAGAGGCGAAAACUAGGACUUGACUUGGUGGAUCUGCAAGCUAACCCAUUGAAGGCUCCCCAGCGGCAUGGUAGUGAAAAGCAAAAGCCUCCAAAGCGUGCAGAUGAAGCAAAGGCCGGCAGUAGCCUUCCCCAGACAGUGCCUGCGGUUGUGGGCUACGACCCCCAACGUCCCGGCUACAGCUAACAAAUCAUUCUGCUGCUCCAUUGGGCAAAGAAAUAAACCAUGGCCAAGGAUUGGCUUGUAACAAAGAUAGGUAGGUAGAUGUUCGAUGUGCUCGAUGCCAAUUGACUUCAGAGCAACCAUGAACUCUUAACGCACGGUCUUGAAUGAGGGUAUUUAUGUCCCAUUUGUAGUUUGGACAGAUUGAUAAUUGCAUUGUUUAGUCACUAAAAUGUCACUUUCGUAUGUUACUGAUUCGACCUAGGACAAUCUAGGAUGGCGUGUAUAUCAUUCCGUCGUUAGUGCUCUC